UCUGCCUAAUUGCUGGUGUCAUCUACUGAACACGAAGCUUUGACAGUCAAAUGCAGCAGAAGGUCUCUCCUCUUGUUGGGCUCUGUUGUUCAUUUGCCUUGGAACUGAAGAUAGUUGCAGUCCAUUUUGAGGUGCUUAAAGCUUUCCAAGAAGCACAAUGACAGAACAUUUCGACUGCCACUACUGCAAGGAGUCUCUCUUUGGGAAAAAAUACAUCCUUCGAGAGGAGAAUCCCUAUUGUGUGAAGUGCUAUGAAAGUCUUUAUUCAAAUACCUGCGAGGAAUGCAAGAAACCAAUUGCUUGCGACAAUAAGGACUUGUCCUAUAAAGACCGUCACUGGCAUGAAGCCUGUUUCAAUUGCUUCCAAUGCAAGCGGUCACUGGUGGAUAAGCCUUUCACCGCCAAGGAUGAGCAGUUGCUCUGCACAGAAUGUUAUGCAGAUGAAUAUUCCUCCAAGUGUCAGGAAUGUAAGAAGGCGAUAAUUCCAGGUACUCGUAAGAUGGAACAUAAGGGUAACAGCUGGCAUGAGACUUGUUUCACCUGUCACCGCUGCCAACAGCCAAUGGGCACAAAGAGCUUCGUUCCCAAGGAUGACAAGAACUAUUGUAUGCCUUGUUAUGAAAAGCAGUUUGCCAUGCAGUGUGUUCAGUGCAAGAAGGCGAUUACCACAGGAGGGGUCACCUACCAUGAUCAGCCCUGGCACAAGGAAUGUUUUAUUUGUACUGGAUGCAAGAAGCCACUGACUGGACAGCGAUUCACCUCACGCGAUGAAUUUGCUUACUGUAUGGAUUGCUUCAGUAACCUCUACGCCAAGAAAUGUGCUGGCUGCACCAAUCCUAUCGUCGGUCUUGGAGGAACCAAGUACGUCUCAUAUGAGGAACGUCAGUGGCAUAAUGAUUGUUUCAACUGUAAAAAUUGCUCCUUAUCUCUGGUGGGCCGUGGUUUCCUCACAGAUCGAGAUGACAUCCUUUGCCCUGAGUGUGGUAAAGACCUGUGAGACAAAGUAGGUCAGGAAACCAUCUUGCAGCAACGUUGACUGCAACUGGAUUAAAACAAAUUAACCUGGCUGCCACUUGCAGUGGCGUGAAUUGCCCACGAUUGUAUGUACGGUGAUUGAGCAUGACAAUUGAGACAAAUUAUUAAAAGCAGCUUACGAUUUGUGUAUCAAUUCACAGAAGGUUUGCAUGACUACACUGGGAUGAGUGAAAAAUUGGUUAAACUGAUAGGAAAGCACGGAUGCAAUAAACCAAUAUUAAAUAUCUCUAUAACUAUCAAAACAUACUGGCGCACAUUAUCUCAGCAAUGGAUGACAUUUUUGGUGGAAGAGCUUUGAAAGGGUUUUCUUUUUAUCAUAAAAGUAGAACAGAUUUAAACAUCAGCAACGGGUGGUGAGCUGAAGAAGGCAGCAAUAGAGGUGUAAUAUGUAACUGCAGGAUCUGCUAACUGGAUGACUUGGUCUGUUGUCUGCAUUCACUUACAGGAAAACAUGUUUGAAAGUAAAACUUAUAUCACACUGCAUGAUUACAUAGGUGAAUAGUGGACUAUUAUUGUAGGUGCCUCUGUAUUUCAAUAUUUUUUCAGCCAUUUUGUUUUUUGUAGUAUUAAAUGCAUUAAUUAAUUGUAAACAUUGUUGCUGUA